AUGGAUGAAAAAUUCAAAAUGGAUCAUUAUUUAAGGCCUAUUAUAAUUAUGAGAAUAGAUGAGCCAUUAACUGAAUAAUAAUUUAGAUCAAAUAGAAAUAACGAUACAUAAUCAAAAAAAUAUGAAAUAAUAUUAGAAAAAUUUCAUAGAGAUGCAGCUGCUGCUGAAGAGACUUUAAUUUAAUUUGCUGAGCCUUCUUCAACAACAACUAAUAUUUAAACUUUCAUAAUAACAUUUUAUUCUUUAUACACAGCAAUGACACUUGGAUGGAAUGAAGAGAGGAUUAAAAAUGAAAUAGAUAGAUUAGCUAAGAAUGAAAGAAUUCCAAAGGAUAUUACUGAUUUUAUUGAGAAGAAUACUUAAUAUUUUAAUAGAGCAUAUUUUUAUUUAGAAAAAGAAUCUUAUUAUAUUGAUAUAGAAAAGAAAUUACUUGAAGAAUUAAAAUAGAGGAAUUUUGGUUAAAUGAAUAAUCUAACAACAAUUGAAAAUUAUGAGAGAUUAGAUGGUAAUUUAAAUGAGAGGAAAACAUUUGUUAAAUUCAAAAUAAAAACUAAUGAACAUUUUAGUGUUAAUAAAGAGUUGGUAGAAGACUUUAAUGUACCUGUAAAAUAAGAAUUUGAUUAUCUAAAAGAUUUAGAGAAUACUAAAUAGGAUACUUAAAAGAAAUUACAGUAAUUUCGUAUGAAGGCUAUAUAUUAAUUGUAUAGUCAUUAGAAUAGAGCUUUAAAGAAAAUAUUUUAAAAUGAUAAAGCACAUUCAGGAGUUAUUAUUUUACCAUGUGGAGCAGGUAAAACUUUGCUUGGAAUUAAUGUGGCUUUAAAAAUAAAGAGAAAAACAUUAAUUAUUUGUGAUUAAGUUAAUGAUGUUUUUUAGUGGUAAAAGUCUUUUUUAAAGUUUACUGAAAUGGAUAAAAAUAAUAUAGCAAUAAUUUUAAGAACUUAAUAAGAAUUGCCAACAGUACUCUUAGGAAGAGAACAUAUAAUCGUAAUUACAAAUAAGGAUAUGAUUUCAUCAAAUAGAAAAGAUAUAAAACUUGUUACUACUUUAGAGUGGCCAUUAUUAAUUAUGGAUGAAGUGCAUGGUUUGCCAGCAGCAUAAAUAAAUGCUGAAAUUUCAAAAUUAAAGGCAAAUAUGAAAAUUGGUUUAACAGCCACUCCUUAUAGAUAAGAUAAUAAAAUUAAAGAAAUCUUUUAUAAAGUUGGUCCUAAAUUACAUGAGUCUAUGAUUGUAGAUCUAAAAUAAAUGGGAUAUGUUAGUAAAAUAUAUUGUAUUUAAAUCUAUGUUGGAAUGUAAGAUUAAUAUAAGCAAAAAUAUGAAGAAUAUAAAAGAGUUAAUAAUCAAUUUGUUAUGAAUACUUUAUAUUAAAUGAAUGUAAUUAUUAUAAUAUAUUUAGCCUAAAAAAUUUGAAGUCUUAUAAAAUUUAAUUUUGAUACACAGAGCUAGAAAAGAUAAGAUUUUAGUAUUUUGUGAAAAAGUUAAUAAAUUAGCAGACACAGGUACUCUUGAGAAGUUUGCAAAACUUAAUAAUUGUCCAAUAAUCAGUUAAAAAGUUGAAUAAACAGAAAGAUCAGCAAUUUAUAAAUUAUAUCAAGAAGAUAAAUUAGAUGUAAUUAUUUUCGGUUAAAUUGCUGAUUAAGGUUUGGAUUUACCCUCUGCAAAUGUUGGAAUUUAAAUAAGUUUUAACUUUAAAUCUGUAAGAUAAGAAUUUUAAAGAAUGGGAAGAAUUCAAAGAAGGAAAGAAAAUUAAAUUGGAGAAUAUGAUUGUUUUUUUUAUUCAAUUGUAACAAAAGGAACUAAAGAAGUAGAGAUAUAAUUUGAUAGAUAAAUAGCAGUUAUUAAUUAGGGAUAUCCUUAUGAGAUUAUUUCUGCUGAAGAACUUAAACCUCCUUAAUAAGAUCCAGAUAAAAAAUAAUAAUUAGAAAAAAUUUUGGAUGAAAUGUAAAAAAAGGUUUUAGAAACAUGUACAAAAAGAGGAGAGGAUGAUAGGGAAGAAGAUGGAUAUUGAAUUUAUUUUUUUAUCUAAAAGAA